AUGGUAAACUCUCCCAUGGUAAACUCUCCCAUGGUAAACUACCCCAUGGUAAACUACCCCAUGGUAAACUACCCCAUGGUAAACUACCCCAUGGUAAACUACCCCAUGAGAAACUACCCCAUGGUAAACUACCCCAUGAGAAACUACCCCAUGGUAAACUACCCCAUGGUAAACUCUCCCAUGGUAAACUCUCCCAUGGUAAACUACCCCAUGGUAAACUCUCCCAUGGUAAACUACCCCAUGGUAAACUCUCCCAUGGUAAACUACCCCAUGGUAAACUACCCCAUGGUAAACUCUCCCAUGGUAAACUACCCCAUGGUAAACUACCCCAUGGUAAACUCUCCCAUGGUAAACUACCCCAUGGUAAACUCUCCCAUGGUAAACUCUCCCAUGGUAAACUCUCCCAUGGUAAACUACCCCAUGGUAAACUCUCCCAUGGUAAACUACCCCAUGGUAAACUCUCCCAUGGUAAACUCUCCCAUGGUAAACUACCCCAUGGUAAACUACCCCAUGGUAAACUCUCCCAUGGUAAACUCUCCCAUGGUAAACUACCCCAUGGUAAACUACCCCAUGGUAAACUCUCCCAUGGUAAACUCUCCCAUGGUAAACUACCCCAUGGUAAACUCUCCCAUGGUAAACUACCCCAUGGUAAACUCUCCCAUGGUAAACUCUCCCAUGGUAAACUACCCCAUGGUAAACUACCCCAUGGUAAACUCUCCCAUGGUAAACUCUCCCAUGGUAAACUACCCCAUGGUAAACUCUCCCAUGGUAAACUACCCCAUGGUAAACUCUCCCAUGGUAAACUCUCCCAUGGUAAACUCUCCCAUGGUAAACUCUCCCAUGGUAAACUCUCCCAUGGUAAACUACCCCAUGGUAAACUCUCCCAUGGUAAACUCUCCCAUGGUAAACUCUCCCAUGGUAAACUCUCCCAUGGUAAACUACCCCAUGGUAAACUACCCCAUGGUAAACUCUCCCAUGGUAAACUACCCCAUGGUAAACUCUCCCAUGGUAAACUACCCCAUGGUAAACUACCCCAUGGUAAACUACCCCAUGGUAAACUACCCCAUGGUAAACUCUCCCAUGGUAAACUCUCCCAUGGUAAACUCUCCCAUGGUAAACUCUCCCAUGGUAAACUACCCCAUGGUAAACUACCCCAUGGUAAACUACCCCAUGGUAAACUACCCCAUGGUAAACUACCCCAUGGUAAACUACCCCAUGGUAAACUCUCCCAUGGUAAACUACCCCAUGAGAAACUACCCCAUGGUAAACUCUCCCAUGGUAAACUCUCCCAUGGUAAACUACCCCAUGGUAAACUACCCCAUGGUAAACUCUCCCAUGGUAAACUCUCCCAUGGUAAACUCUCCCAUGGUAAACUACCCCAUGGUAAACUCUCCCAUGGUAAACUACCCCAUGGUAAACUACCCCAUGGUAAACUCUCCCAUGGUAAACUCUCCCAUGGUAAACUCUCCCAUGGUAAACUACCCCAUGGUAAACUCUCCCAUGGUAAACUACCCCAUGGUAAACUACCCCAUGGUAAACUCUCCCAUGGUAAACUCUCCCAUGGUAAACUACCCCAUGGUAAACUACCCCAUGGUAAACUACCCCAUGGUAAACUCUCCCAUGGAUGAGGAAGCUUCCGAUUCCUUCUUCAAACCGCCAGAGCCAAAAUCCCACUCCAGACAAGCCAGCACAGACGCAGGUACGGCUGGUGCCAUCGCCCCCCACCACGUGCGCGCCCACUCGUCCCCGGCCUCCCUGCAGCUAGGGGCAGUAUCUCCCCUGUUAGGCAUGGUCCCUGCUGGUGCCCCCCCAUCACACCUCCGACAGUCGUCUUAUGAGAUCCCGGAGGACAUGCCCCUGCCCCCGGGCUGGGAGAUGGCCAAGACCCCCUCUGGACAAAGAUACUUCCUCAAGUAAGUUUAAUAAUAGCACCUUAUGUAUGUUAACUCUCUAUACCUGUGUAAUAAUGCUGUUAUUAAGAGCCAGGAACAGCCCUGUAGGCCCUGGUCGAAAGCAGUGCACUAUUGGAACAUAGUGUCUGGGGCUUCAGUUUACAGCUAAAAGAAUGGUUCAAUGGAGCCUCCCCUCUUGCCAGACUCUGCUUCAGUGUACUCUACACAGGACAAGACAAGACAGGACAAGACAAGACAGGACUGGGGGUAAACUAGAGACAUAUAGUGGUUGUACUAGAGGGAC